AUGCUGAGGAGCCAUGCAUCAGCCUACGAAACGCUGGCGUCCGCCAACCAUAUUAUCACCGACCGUUUCAAUCAAGCGAUCGAAGAACUAAUUAGACUAAGAGACAAGAUCAAGGAGCCGGUCGACGUGCAGCUCGUGCGCACUGGAGAGUCCCUCGAUGAAAUAAUGAAGGAGUUUGUCUAUAUCUCGUCCAUCCUCAAUGCUUCGCCCGGGUCCGGAUCCUACUACCAGCCCAUCGCCACCGACUAUGGUGCCAUGUACCGAUUGGCUACAUCGAUCAUAUCAUGCUCAACUGUGAGUGACCUCAUCAAUGCCGUACUGGUGUCGCCACAACCAGUCCAGGUCGACACCGACCCUGGUCAGAAUGACUUAUUGUCAAUGAUCAAGCAUCAUCUCCAAACCAUGCAGUCCAAGGUCUACCAGGACGCCAUCAAGUAUCCAUACCGAUUCGAUAUUUGCGCCAGUAAGCUCGACACCAUCAACACCGAGAUGCGCAAGCAGAUCGAGUCAUGCUAUGAGCUGAUCAACGAUGUGUAUGAUCGCCAUGUCGUCUCAUUCCGCGGAGAAGAAAGCUCGUUGUUCUCGCUGGAUACAAACAAGUGGACCGAACUCAAUCACAGGGCCGACCCCGAGGCACCACUAAUCGAGCCCAUCCGUGCAUCAGCCGUAUAUGCUCGUGGCAACAUCUAUGUGUUUGGAGGCGAAGGCGAGAACAGCAACAAAUACACCCGCCACUCAAUCUCGUUGAUUCCAAACAAAAUACCCUACAGUGGCGAGAUGAUUGGUACUCCAGGCGGCUCACAAAUCUCGGCAGUCUACGAUGGCACACUACAUCUAUCUCGUCGGUGGCUUGCGCAAUGGCGAUCCCACCGACGGCGUGUACCGCUUCGACAUUGA